AUGUUCUUGCGCGAGCAAGAACUUAUCGACAACAGUGGCCGAGCACGAGCUGUGGCGAAGUCUGCCGAAGUGCAUAUGGCCUUGAAUCAUAUUAUACACCAUGGCACCACAUGUGUGUUGGAUCAACUACAAAACGCGGCCGCCCUGCUCAACGGCUUCCUCACCGGGAUGCGACCAAGCAGCAUUGUCCCGCCCUUGAUUAAAGACCAUGAACACAACGUUCUACGUUGGAAGCAAGUCAUCAUAAGAAGAACAAGACGAGAUAACAAUGGCGAUGUUUUUGCUGUACGCCUCGAGUUUACCCAUAUGAAAAAGCGUAGCAAUGAUGCAACUGCUCGUCACCGCAACGAGACAAGAACAAUCCAAUCUCCAAGUAGCUCCUUAGACCUUGAUUUUGGCUUGACACUUAUUGCUCUUGUCGUCAAGCGUGGUAUUGCUGAUACAGAAGUCCAUGAAUGGUACAACUCCGGUCAGAGUGUCUUUCCAAACAAAAAUGCCCAUGCGAAUGACCCUGUAUUUCUACAGAUGAGCAGAAACCGUCCGCAACAAGAUGCCGUCGAAUCUGCCCAUGAAGAAUCUGACCAUGAAGAAUCUGACCAAGGACCCGCGCAGAUACCGCCAAGAAAUCUUAACGAUCCAAGGGUGGAGCGUUUAGACAAUAAACUUAUCUACAAUGUAUAUAUUGGAACGAAAAACAAGAAAGAUAUGAUUCUUCAUUUCACGAAUGAAGACGACCUUGAAAAUCCACCUGAGGAUAUAACCAUGGAGGAAGUCAAGGAACAUAUCUUUAACUAUUUCCGCCAGUAUCACAACUAUGACCUUGAACCAAGCACCCUGGAGAAUGUGAUACAACAACAUAGAGGAGACAACUUUUUGGUACGACAUCAAACUUAA